UGCCUAGAUACGAAAUAUUUGCGCCAAAUUUGUUUGUCAUGGCAGUACAAGCUAUAGCUAGCUAACGGUUAACUAGAUAAAUGUACAAGUAGUCCAUUAUUUCAUAUUUAACUUUAAACGUCACUUAAAAGGGAGAAAACGUAUAUUCACAGCAAUAACUGGGAAGAUGUGGGUCUGCAAUGGAUUCAGAAGACAACCAGAAAUUUGACAGCAAUAACGUUACUACAAAUACAAGGUUGAAGUCAACCCCGAACAAAAGAGGAGGGGGCAAUAUCUUACCUGUUAGGGGAGCACUAAGGACGCCAUACUCAGGAUCUAAAAGGGUUCACUCCAGUUUUAAAUCUCCAUUACAGGCUCCCAGAACAUCAUGUUGCCCUACAGCAGUUCAGCCAAGCCUUGAACAGGAGAUAGAGGAUCUGAAGAGGAAGCAGAGUGAACUAGACUAUGAGAUCACCCAGCUGGAGAACAAUGGUGUGGGAAUUCAAGAGCUGGAGCAACACGUUGACCUCUUACAUGAGUACAAUGACAUCAAAGACAUUGGACAGACCCUGCUGGGCAGACUGGCUGCAAUACGAGGUGUGACCACGCGGGACUUAUACACCCGAUUUGGACUUGAACUGGAUGACUGAGUGUUACUGCACGCUGAAGAAAAUAAGGAAGAAACGGGUCUUACCCCCUCUCCUGCAAGAAAGUCAAAGAAAAGGAUUUUUCAUGCCACCUAUUUAUUUUGGUUGUAUUACAUGAAAACGUUUGGUUGAUUUCGAAGAGAGAUAACUGAUUGGUUCUUUCUGAGUUGAUUGUGAGUGAGGCAAGUUCAUGUCCACACACUACUGUUGAUCCAUGCAGUGAUGUUUAGGACUACACAGAGGACGAAGGUGGAAUAAUGAUUGAUAACAUGAGGAUAUGGCAUAUCAUGAUGGCAAUGUUUGAGACUGAUAGCACUGGGUUGAGUGGAAAGGUUGGGGAAAGGGUGCCACUUACUGCAUUUUAGGGAUUUAUUAGCAAUCUUAUUAACUUGUUUUUGGAGAAAAGAGCAUAGUCCUUACAUAAUAUCCCCUUGAAGGUCAGAGCACUACCUUGCAUAAAUGACAGUGGAAAGCAUGGGCCUAGCUUCUUACACCACAGUGAUGCAGUCUGCAUCCUGGUCUCAACGUUUUCAGUGAAAGCUGAUCUGUGAUUCAAGUGUCCUCGUUUGUAUAUGAAAGGCAGAAAAUGGUUUGAUUUUAUUAGUCUUUUGACAUGUAACACGUGUGCCACAGCAGAACCAAAGGAAAUCUUUAAAAUGUUGGUCAUGUUUGUUAUGUGCUGAUUGGAAUUAAUUGGAUGUCCAAAAGAUGGAAUUGGAGAACCCAAGUAAGGUGAGGAUCACUAUGGUCUGAACGAUGACUCUGUCUCAGUACACCAGUAUUUUUAUGUGAAGGUGCAGGGCAUUUGAAGGUUCAUAGUCUAAAGCAAGAAUGUACACUUAAAGUAUUCCAAAGUGGAUUGUACAGUGACUAAUUUCAGAGGCUGCAGAUAUGAACAGGUGGAACUGAUAAAUUGUACGCCAUUUAUUCACAAUUAGAGACAUAGAUAUCAGUUUUUAUGUUGUGUUGGUACUUCUUUCCUUGAACACAGCGGUCUCAGGUUGCAUGGGCCAUGGGAAAUAGUUCCUGCUGUAAAUAAUAUUUAACAUAAUGUUUUGAAAAAUAAUUUGGUUCUACACACGUAGAACCUCUGGAGGCUAAAGCUGUUUUAGAGUUAGUUGAAAGUUUAUUUUCUUUAGGCCACAUAUGUCCUCUAACCCUAACCCUGUACCAACCAUUGUAAAGCUGGCUGUAAAUCAUAAAUAUCUCAGAUUCUUUUCUGCACGCAAUAACUAUCUAGGCAAAUCUAAAACAUAAAUUACAACUGAAAUAAUGCAACAAAAAAACAGGAAGUAGACUAUCCCUUUUAAUGACAUUCUAGUCAUUUGUGAGGUUCAGAAUUUAUCCAGACUCAGAUACAAUCUUUUUCUGGUGGACUGCUUUCCUGAGCUUGAACCACAUGUGCACGUUUGGUCCAGUGAAUGUGAGGCUGACUUUUUUGAGAACACUAACAGAUUUUAAGUACAGAUUCAAUGCCACUGCUCGUGCAAAUUGGCUAUGCUAACCAUGAACCAGAAUGCAAAUUCUAAAUAUACAUACAGAUUACAUUUAUUAAAGCCCUAAAGGUAAAACCAAAAAAUCAUAGCCUAAAGCAAUACAUAUUACUGACAGCAUAGAGGUACAGAGUCUGCUUCUAAAUAUGUCAUCUAAGUAUGACUUGGGCCUCCUUAAGGGCUGUGGGUAUGCAGGAGAGGCCAUUUUUCAUAAACCUGUAGUUUCUUGUCUGAGGGACAUCAGAGAAUGUGAAAUGGUUCCACAGUGGUUUUUCAGACAUGGUCUCAGAAUAAGUGUCUGGUUUUCAACUCCAAAAAUGCCACCAAUUAACGUAUUUUGGAAUAACCAUUGUUUCCUCUGACCACAAGACAUCUCACAAAUGUUAAGAUGCAGGAUCGACAAAUGUGUUGCUUUUAAAUAUUUAAUGUGUUGUGGAUUCAAUAUCCCGGAAUUUUUGAAGACACUACCGUGGACCGGUUCAACUUAUUCAUGUAUUUUUUUAUUUCUACAUUUAGACAUCUCCUUACUUGUGGGCAUCAUUGACCUUUACCCAGGAGUGUGCAAGUAGCUGUUGACUGUAAACCUGACGAUUAAAGCUGUUAGUAUAAUGUUUACUCCUGUGUAAAUGUACCUACUUGUACCGCGCUUUUCACAUACAGUGUUUUCAAAGCGCUCCAAAAAAAA